AUGUCCGACCAACCCACCAUCCGCCUAGCCACCGAAAAGGAUGUUGACUACAUCCUCCAAUUCAUCCGCGAACUGGCCGACUACGAGAAAGCCUUGGAUCAGGUCGAAGCCACCCCGGCCUCCUUGCUAGCUACCUUAUCCUUCCCGGACUCCUCACCCGAAUCACAACAGAAAAAGAAGGGAUCAACGUACACCGCGCUGGUAAUCCCGCCGGGCUCAGAGGUGCCAGUCGGUAUGGCCCUGUAUUUCUAUAAUUACUCGACGUGGCGGUCUGCGCCGGGCAUAUAUCUAGAGGAUUUGUACGUACAGCCUGUGGCCAGAGGGAAAGGGUAUGGACUUGCUUUGUUCAAGUAUUUGGCGAAGGAGGUGGUGCGGAUUGGGGGGAAGAGGUUGGAGUGGUCGGUCCUGAAAUGGAAUGAGCCGAGUAUUAAGUUUUACAAGGCUAUUGGGGCCAGGGAGAUGGUGGAGUGGGAGAAGAUGAUGCUUGAUGGGGAAGGGUUGGAGAAGUUGGCUGGUCAACAAUGA